AUGAAAUUAACAUCUGGGGAUAAAGCGGUCGAGUCAUGCCAACCGAAUCCUUGUCAGAACAACGGAAAAUGUGUGAUUAACAAUGGUACCAGUUACUGCCAGUGCCAAGGACACUACACCGGAAGAUUUUGUGGACUUAAUCUAUGUGAACUAGAACCAUGUGUCUUUGGCAAAUGCGAAUUAACUGCUACAAAUUUCAAGUGCCAAUGUCAGCCAGGUUAUAUGGGUACAACAUGUGAGCAGAAACAGAGACCUUGCGCUGAUAAUCCUUGCGAAGGACGUGGCAUUUGUUUUGAAAAAAAUGGUGGAUAUUUUUGUCGUUGCCAUGCUUGGUGGGAAGGACAUAAGUGCGAACGUCGCAUGAUGCAUAUACCAUAUAAACCACUUUCGGAGCGUAUGUUACAGGAACCAUUUUGGUUAGGUCUCAUUACAGUUUUUGUAGUUUUGGCUGUUAUUGGUUUAGUUUGGUGCGCCAAACGUCAUUUUCCGGAGAAAAUAGAAAAGCUGUUAGCCGAAGAAGCUGAUCGCAAUAGACCACCUGGUUCAAUACAUGGACAUCAUCAUCAUACAUCAUUGCGCGAGCAAUUGCAAUUUACAACUGCCAUACCUCAGACAACCGUCAGUAAUGCACCGGGGGCACCACGUUCCAUAUUCAACAGAUUGGGUAUAAGAAAACCAUCUCUUUUGAUUAGUUAUAUAGUAAUAUUUAAAGAGAUAUGA